CAUAAAUAAAUUUUAUAAAAAUUACAUAAUCCCAAACACCCUGUCCAAUCCAAAAAAAAAAAAAAAAAAAAACUAGUAGGCGAUAGAAAAACGGACUAGUGACAAACAAAACGAAAAGGUUUCACCGGGAGACCGGAGUUGUGCUCUUUGUUUCACCGGCGACGAUCAAAGCAGAUCCAGUUCAUUUUACUUUCAGUACAUUCGCUCGGAUCUGGUCAGUAGACGUGAAGCUUCUAUCAAUUGUAUUUAAGCAUGAUUCAUUUUGUUCUCUUAUUAAGCCGACAAGGAAAAGUUAGGCUGACAAAGUGGUAUUCACCUUAUUCCCAGAAAGAACGAAGUAAGGUAAUACGAGAGCUUAGUGGGAUGAUUCUAACACGAGGACCCAAGCUUUGUAACUUUGUUGAAUGGAAGGGAUUCAAAGUUGUUUACAAGAGGUAUGCCAGCCUCUACUUUUGUAUGUGUAUUAACCAACAAGACAACGAACUGGAGAUCCUUGAAAUUAUUCAAUAUUUUGUCGAGACUCUUGAUCGUUACUUUGGAAGUGUUUGUGAGCUGGACUUGAUCUUCCAUUUCCAUAAGGCUUAUUAUAUACUGGAUGAGAUUUUAAUUGCUGGUGAACUUCAGGAGUCAAGCAAGAAGGCGAUUCACCGUAUUAUAGAUGCACAAGAUUUGCUAGUGGAUGAAGCUAAGGAAAGAGCAAAUAGCAUUAGUGCUAUAAUGGCAAGGUUACUCCUCUGUCUCUUUUCUUUCCCUCAAACGUCAACUCGUCCUCGCCGGCCGCCGCAGUCCGCAGCCGCAUCUCCAGCCUCCGAUUAUCCUUCUUCUCAUCUCGAAGUCUCGACUCUCAAAUUCCUUUUCUCGCGUCAUCGACUCUCGACUCUCGCACACAGACACUUGCGUCAACAGGUGUUCUGCUUCAUUCUCACAUCAGCUUCUUCUUUGGAAUUCACUCAGUGCAUCUUUCCAACUUCUGGUCCCUUGAAUCCAGGAGGAUUAAAAACCUGUCUGACAUUUAUGGCUACUGGCAAAGUCCGGACAAGUAGUUUCUCAAAGAACUUUUCAGCUGCACCUACCUCUUCUGUCCCUGGACUCAAGUAUGGACCAAAUGGAACAAUCUUUCUUUCAUCAGGCAUACCAGAUCUUGAUAAGAUUUUAGGUGGUGGAUUCCAUUUAGGAAGUCUGGUAAUGAUCAUGGAAGACACUGAAGCACCUCAUCAUAUGCUUUUGUUAAGGACUUUCAUGUCUCAGGGACUAGUACACAACCAACCUGUUCUUUAUGCAAGCCCAGUCAAAAACCCUAGAGCCUUUCUUGGAACCUUGCCAACUACUUUAAUCCCCAAAGAUGACAAAUCUCGUAACACUGAUGCAGAACAGAAGGAUUUGCGGAUUGCUUGGCAAUAUAAGAAGUACCUUGGGGAAAAUAAGCAACAUAACGAGGAGCGAGAUGGGAAAAUAGAGUAUUGCAAUGAAUUUGACCUAAGGAAGCCUAUAGAGAAGCAUUUGAUAAUGGGAAACCGUGUGGAGUGUUUUAGCCUUUUGGAUUGUUCAAAUCUUGCUGGAUUCCGUGAUAGUUGUUCAAAGUUCAUAUCUCAAUUUCCAAAGUAUGAUGGAAAUAUCACAAGUGCAGGAAGAAUUGCUAUCCAAUCAUUUUGUGCUCCACAAUGUGACUACUAUGACAAGGAAUGGGAUAUGCUUUCCUUCAUUAGAUCAUUAAAAAGCAUGGUUCGCUCCUCAAAUACAGUUGCUUUUCUAACCUUCCCACCUUCUCUUUUAUCACCAUCAAUGUCAAAAAGAUUGCAACAUUUGGCUGAUGCUUUAUUAUCCGUUAAAGCAAUUCCAGAUGAGGACAAGGAGCUUGCAACUCUCCUAACUGGUUACCAGGAUAUGCUUGGACUUCUAAGUAUACAUAAAGUUUCACGUUUCAACACACAGGUCCCUGUAAUUCUAGAUGCAACGACGUACUCCAUAAAGCUGCAAAAACGAAGAUCAUUGGUUUUAGAGUGUUUAAAUCAAGCGCCUGUCGAUGGCUCAAGUGGGAGUUCUUAUGGUGGUUACUAA